AUGGUUGAACUCUUUGAGGUUGGGUAUGGAUUGGAAGACACCCAUGUUAUUGUUACUGGUGCGGCUGGCUUCAUCGGGAGCGUUGUGGUAGCCGGCUUUCUCUCUGUGGGCGCCAAAGUCACUGCAUUAGACAUCAAUGCUGUUAAACUUAACAAUCUGGGCAAUCAUCCCAAUCUGAAUAAGGAAAUUUGCGACAUAACGUCCGAGUCACAGUUGGAAGAGUGCUUUGAACGCGCAUGUGGUCGCUUCGGGGUUGUGGCGUGUUGCGUAGCGCUCGCCUCUCUCGACUACAGUGCGCUGAACCACGUUCCAAGCAGCUGCGACAUGACUCCAUAUCAGUUCCAGCACACGCUCCAUAUCAACGUCUUCGGUACAUUCCUGACGUCGCGGACGUGGCUGCGACAUAUUCGCGCGAAUGCCAUCCCCGGCGUUACACGUAAUGUCUCCCUGAUCAUCACUGGCUCAGAAUCGGGUCACUACGGCGAACGUACCAACCCCGACUACGCGGUGGGCAAGGCGGCAGUGCAGUACGGCCUACUUCCCAGUCUCAAGGCAGAUGUGCCGCGCAUCUUCCCCGAUGGUCGCGUCAAUGUAAUAGCUCCAGGCCCUGUGGACACACCACAGUUCAAAAUAGAGUGUGCGGCCGAUGAAUCACAGUUAUGGAAGGACUCGCAGGCGACAUCUGCUAGUGGGAAACCGAUACCUGAGAAAGCAGUGGCUAAGGGCAUCUUGUUUUUGGCCAGUGAGAACCUUAGCGGAAGUAUCACAGGACACAUCUUAGAUGUAAAUGGCGGGAAAUAUGGAAAGUUGAUGUGGUUGGAGGGUGAGAAGUCAUAA